CGACAUUGCUUGCCAGCGUGUACUUGGAAACAUGGCGUCGAUGUUUGCUAAAUCGUCAGGUGCUCCUGCAGGAGUGAUGCAGCCAUCACAGACACCUCAAAUUGAGCGUUAUGAGCCAGAAGAAGAGAAACCUAAGCAACCAAAAAAGGUGUCAUUUGCUCAGUUUGAUCCUGAUGCGCAGAUGCAAAUGAAUUCCAUGUUCAUGAGCCCCAUGAUGAAGGAGUUAGAAGCACAAAUAAAAGUGAACACUGAUAUGCUUGACAGAAUGAAUAAGCAAAUGGAAGAUGAAAGAAAAGCAAGACUAAAAGAAAAACAAACUGCACACAUUCCAGAGGCCCUCAAAGGAGGUGGUCAGGAAAUGGUGUCAAUAAUGAAAUCUGUGGAAGAUCUGAUACUGAUGGGAGAUGAACUUCCUGAGGAAGAGGAAGAAGAAGACAAUGAAGCAGAAGGACAAGAAGGAGAGGAAAGUGGUGAUGAUAAUGAUGAUGAUGAAGAGGAUGAUGAUGAAGAAGAGGAAGAUGAAGAUGAUGAAGAGUACAGGAGGAGGACACAACUGAACAAGUUACAGAUCCUUGACUCCCACAGUAAAGCAGCCCUCACUGGACACAGUCUAGCGGCCUAUGUAUCCACUCUGGAUGAGGAUAAUCUGAAGAAGUUUACAUCCAAAAUCACACAAGACUGUCAGCUUUGGCUGUCAAGAUUAUUCAGAUUUCCAGACUCCUCUCCAUUUUAUCAUGAGGAACACAAAGAUGGCCUUGUGAAGAUCUGUAGGAUGGCUCUGUAUCAGAAGUACCCCAAGUACCCAGUGGAGGGGUUUGAAGCCCUCUACUCCCGACCCCCGGUCAUCUACAUCAGCUCUGCGGCCAUGCCAGGACUCAGCAACUACCUGUGCUUGCAGUUGGGGUUGCCCUUGUCUUCUAUUUGUAAUGUUCCAUGCUCAACUGUAAAUGGCACGACCAGUAUUAUGGAUGUUGGGAUGUUGGAGAAAUUGAUUCAGGAUGAUGUUUCUGCAGCCAAAACUCCAGUUUUAUUAGUGGGAUUUGCAGGUUCUCCACACCUGGGAUCUGUUGAUCACCUGGAUGAAUUAAGGAAAAUCUGUAAAAACCACAAGAUCUGGCUCCAUGUAGAAGGAAACAAUCUCGCCUUACUGGCAACAGUGUCCAUUCCAAACUCAGUGGAGCCAGCCACCUCGGGGGACAGCAUGACACUCCGCCUGGGUAAAUGGAUCGGGAUCCCGGGGCUUCCUUUUAUUACUCUGUACAAGAGUUCCGACCCAGCCCUAGAGCUGGCAGCAGGUCUAAACACAUUCAACCCACAACUUAAACUGAAUUGUUUGCCCUUGUGGAUUGUUCUCCAGAGCCUGGGGCAUGAUGGGAUUGUGGAUAGAAUCAAACACUGCUGUAAUUUGGCAGAGAAGAUGCAUGAAAUACUUGAAAAAAUUCCUACAAUUCAGAAAAUUGGAGAAGAAAAGAAAGAGGAAUCUGAAGCAAAAACCAUCAAAGAGAUGAUAUUUGUUGCUAUUGAUGCUCUGUUUGUGUUCAAGAUGGCUAGUCCUACCAUUGUGUUCAAAUAUGUAGAAGAUAACAGCACAGGUGCUGUAGAGAUUGCUCCAUAUUCACCUGUGUCUCCACAAGAGGAUAUAGAAGAAAAAGACAAGUUGAAGACAUACUAUAAUGCUCUCAACACGUGGCUCUGUGAUACCUUAUUUUACGAGAAUUCCAAUGUGGACAUUGAACUGAUUGAUGUGGAGAAUGAAGGAAGUUGCAUCAAGUUCUCUCCCCUUGACACAGCACAAGUGAAAGGAACAGUCAUUGAAGAUAUUGAAAAAUUUGGAGAGAAUUUGAAAAAGCAGAUAGCAAUAUUAGAUGCCACAGUUCUACAGAGGGACAGAUUUUGUGCAGUUGUUGAAGCUCAGGACAAUCUCCGUAUUGUAGAGAUGCCCAGUUGGGCUGGAUUAGGGGUUGUGCAAUAUAUGCCAGAAGAAUGGAGAGAGAGGAUGACAGAUCUACCAGACAAUGCCAAGCGGGAUAUUAACAAUAUCAAUACAGAGCUAGUGAAGCGGCUUCACUCCAAAGACACAGCUUUCUCACUGGGUUUCAACGAUGAGAACAUUGGCUGUGUGAAGUUUGGUCUGAUAACAGAUGACACAGACCUGGAGGAGUUGAUAGGUCUUGUUUAUUCUGUUGGGAAAGAAAUUGAGGAAUCAUCAAAGUUCUUGGAAAAAUUAUCUGAAAAGGUUCAGAAGGGAAUUGAAGAGGCCAACAAGGAACUACACAAGGAAAUGGAUGAAAAAUUAAUGCAAGAGGGCCUUCUCAGACAGGUGCCUUUGGUUAGUUCUCUGUUAAACUGGUGGUCACCCCCUCCAAAGGAUUCUGUGAAGGGACGCACAUUCAGCCUUAGUUCUGGCACCAUGGCCAGCACUGAGAAAACCUACAAAUACCACAUGCAAAUCCAGGAGGAUGAUGCCCCUCCCCCAUCCUCUCCCUCCCCCAGCCAUCCUGUCAACGCCUACAAAGAGGUUCUCAAACCGGUAAAGUCUCAGACCAAGUCUGCUGGUGCUGUUAAAGCUAACCUCACUGAGCAGUUUAACUCUCCUUCCUCCAGCACCCAGGAGAAGGAGAAUUCAAACCCCAGCUCACCACAGCCUGAACAGAAAUCCAUGGAGACACAAAGCAAAGACAAGCAGUAGGUCAAGACACCCCCCUGACUUAAAGUAAACUGUGCUGCAAUCAUUCCAUAUAUGGCUGUGAUAUGGUCACAUGACUGGUACCAAUACUCCGCCUUUGUGUGAGGAUUAUAGGUGUGUGAUGGACAGAUCUCACGGGGAUUUACAUGCUGUACGCUUCAGUUCUCUGUUAUCAUUUUUACAUUGGAAUUCCAAAAUCAUGUUACAAUAUUGCUGCUAUGACCAAUAUUAUUUUUUCUUUAUCUUUGAAUUUUUGAAGUACAUGUACAUGUAUUAAGUCUGUUAUUUUUACAUUACUUACUUGUACAUUUAUGAGGGUUCUUUUUUCUGCUGUGAAGUUUAUGCUGACUUGAGGGAGAUAGCUGUAUUGCUUUGAAGCUAGUACUAAUUGUCAUAUAUGAUGCAUAUUCAACAUAUUAUUGAAAAAACCAAACUGAAAACCUAUCAAACCUCUUCCAUUGUAUGGAGGCAGUUGUUGUGGAGAAACCAUAGAGUAAUGUAACUUAUUUAUUUUGUUAUUAUUUAUUUUUUUAUUUAUUAAUCACAUGAAAUAUGCUGUUAGUAACUUUUUAUUUACCAAUCCAUGCAAAACUACAUAUAUUUUACAAAUGAAAUAAAAUCAACACAUUACCUGUUUUUAAUAAUAUGUAUAUCUCAAUUGUUUUGAAUGUCUAUAAGCUUUAUUGCUGAUGACUAAUAAACAAUACAAUACAUUAAAAAUAAAGUUCUAUGAACAUUAAAAAAUACAGAGUAUUAUCAUAUCUCAACUGAUUAUUGCAUGUGAAAGAAAUAGUGUAUUGGGUUUUUUUCUCGUCAUAAAAGUAUUCCUUUUAUUUAUUUUUUUGAAAAUUUAUGCGAGUGUAAACAUGCCUUAAAUUUGUAGUAGCUUUACUACAUGUAUAUCUAUGUUAGGAUUUUUAACCCAUUGAAUACUUGCAUUUAUAUUGUUAUGAUUAACUCCCUUGGUUUUUUCUUUUCUUUAAUUUUGGCGUGUGUCAAUCAAAACCACUUACAUUUUUUUGUUAUGCAUUUAUUUUUUUUCUAUGAAUUAUUCCUGUGAUGAAAUUUAUUUUUUAUUCAUAUAUCAGAAAUCCACCUCUUUAUCUCAGUAUUGCAGUAAAAAAAUGAUAAUAAGAAAUUCUCUAGUUUUCAGUUUAAUAUUGAGGACUUCAGUAUUUCUCAGUAUUUUUUUUAUUACCUUAUAAAGUUCAAAAAUUGUAGUAUCGGUAUGUGUAUUUUAAUUUUAUUAUUAAAAUACAACAGAAUCUCUUAAAACUCUGACAACUUUCAGUCUUAUAGUGGGAACCCACUGGAGCAUCUAAAAAGUGGUAUUUUAAUUAUGACAUUGUGGUUAAAAUGCUGGGGAACUAUUAAUUUAUACUCGUUUAUUUAGUUUUGAUUAUUUCUCUUGAUCAUUUAUAUUGCAAAUAUUCUUUUUAUCGUUUUUGUUUAUAAAUCAUUUAUUAAAUGUAAUUGUACAUUUGAGGAUGAAAGGCUUAAAUGGCCUUUAAUUUUAAUUAUUGUGUGUUAACCAAUGGUGUUACUUAUCAAAUAAAGGUUAAAGUAAAAUUUA